UAUUUCACUGUCACUUUUUUGACAGAAAUAUUAGCUCGUCCUCUAAAAAGAUUUCUCAAAUUAGAUUAAACGUUCGAGGACAGUUUUGAGUUUAAAUUACCUGAAUAAUAUUGACAAAAUUGGAAAUUGCGUUCAUAGGCAAGAUUGCCAAGAUAUCGUAAUGGCUCUAAAUCCAGUGGUUUUAAAAGCAUCGGCAAAACAUACGUCUACGUUGAUUUUCCUACAUGGUCUCGGUGAUACUGGACAUGGCUGGGUCGAAGCAAUGGGUGCAAUUAGGCCGGCACACAUGAAAGUAAUUUGUCCAACCGCAAAAACAAUGCCGGUAACAUUGAAUUCCGGUUUCGAAAUGCCGUCAUGGUUCGAUUUAAAAUCGUUGGAGAUCAGCGGCGAAGAAGACACUGAUGGGAUAAAGAAAGCCGCCACAAACGUACACGCUAUGAUACAGUCGGAAAUACAAGGCGGUAUUCCGUCUAACCGCAUCAUACUGGGUGGAUUUUCUCAAGGCGGAGCGUUGGCAUUGUAUGCCGGUUUGACAUUUGCUGAACCCCUUGCCGGUAUUAUGGCUCUAUCGUGUUGGUUACCGCUAGGGAAAUCGUUCCCAGCUGCACGAAAAGCACCCGACACUGUGCCGAUUAUUCAGUGUCACGGUGAUUGUGAUCCACUGGUCAAAUACAGUUACGGCCAGCUGUCAUCGAGUUUACUCAAAACGUUUAUGAAAAACACUCAAUUUACUACAUAUCGUGGCAUGUCGCACAGUUCUUCGAACGAUGAAAUGGAUGAUUUAAAGACAUUCAUUGAGAAGUACAUUCCCACAGCAGUUUAAGGCAAUUAAUUAAAAAUUCAUUAGAAAAUGUUCACGUCAUAAACGGACUCAAAUCACACAAAAUAAUAAUUACAACAACAAAAAAGCAUGUUCCACAAUAUACUCCUCUUAGAGGCCAUCAGUUCCGGUCAAGCAAUUACUUAAUUUUUUAUUUGAUAUUAAAAGGUAAAUAUAAUAAUGCCGCAUUGUACAACCAAUAUAAAUAUAUUUAGAGAAAA